AUGGCCAGCAGCACGGAGGACUACGGGUCCGAACUGCAGGAGCUGCAGUGGGGCGCCGGCACCGGCACGCACUUCCUGCGCGGCGGCAGCGGUUCUCACUUCCUGAGGAGCGGCACCGGCGGCUGCUACGAGGCCGAGGACCUCGAGCCGGCCAGCAGGCACCAUGGCGGCCAACAUCGCGGCUACUACAGUCCACCCGGCACCAGCUACACCAUCGUCGAGAGGCCGCCCAGCGCGCCCCAUCAUCACUCCUCGCACGCGACCCCGUACAGGCACAGAGGUCACGGUACCGCCGGCACCGGUGCCAUCUCCCCGGAACAGGUGCUCAGGCUAUUCGGCAACAGCAUGACGUCGGAACGUCGCCAAGGCGAUCGGAGAACGCCGGCGUCCAGCCCGGCGAGCGUCGCGGCGGUCCGCAGCACGCCGACCACCGGCUCGCAGCAGCAGCAGUCGCAGCAGUCGCAGCAACAGCAGCAGCAGACGAACACCACGAACCCGCCUACGUCGCCGGUCGCGCAGCAGCCGCUCAGCCUGCAGGAGCUCACCGUAAGGACAAUCACCAUGACGAGAGAUCCGCCGGACUCUCACCAUGGCUUUGGCAUCUGCGUGAAGGGUGGCAAGGACGCAGAAGCGCAGUCAGGGGUGGGAGUCUACAUCUCGAGGGUGGAGGAAGGUUCGGUGGCCGAGCGCGCUGGACUCAGGCCAGGAGACACCAUCCUGGAGGUGAACGGCACACCCUUCCGCGCCGUGACCCACGAGGAGGCCCUCAAAAUGCUGAAGUCCUGUAAGACCCUGAGCAUGACGGUGCGAGGACCCGCGUUGGAUCCCCGCUGUCGGGGCCCCCACGCCAUGUGGUCAUCCCCGGGUCGUCAGUCCUGCAGCUGGAUGGACCGUCAAGGUCGGCCGACCUCGCCGCCGAUCUUUCAUCUACCUCGCGAUCCCCGCUACGCGCCGAGGACGCGGAAGGUAGAGCUGUGCAUUGAGCACGGCCAAUCCCUCGGCCUGAUGAUACGCGGCGGCCUGGAAUACGGCCUCGGGAUCUACGUGACGGGCGUCGACAAGGACAGCGUCGCCGACCGCGCCGGUCUUCUCGUAGGCGAUCAGAUCAUCGAGGUAAACGGACAGAGCUUCGAGGAGGCGACGCACGACGAGGCGGUUCAGUUCCUCAAGACAAACAAGAGAAUGAGCCUGCUGAUACGCGAUGUUGGCAAGGUGCCUCAUUCGUGUACCACCAACCAGUCCAUAGUGCUCCCAUCCUCCCGAUACCCCGAGCACGAUCCUUUACUCCUGGAGAGUCCUGGGAAUCAUCGUCCACCCAGUCCCGCGAGCAGCACGAAAGAGUGGAGACACCGGGGUGGCGUUCACACCGUCUCGGCGGAUACCGCUGCCAUGGUGGAGGAAAAAGCGAGAGUCGUCCUCGCCCGAAGCGAGAGAGCCGCGCUCUCCCAGCUCCUGGCGGACUACAGCACGAGGAGGCUGACAGUGGAGGACCUGGUUAUUAGCCUGGACAACCUCCUAAACACCGACGAGAAACGCACGCUGCUGACGGAGCUCACGGAGCUCGUCGACAGCGAGGACAGGAAGGCCUUCGACUAUCUCGUCUACAGAAGACCCCGAAUAGCCAUGGCCAGGAGAAAAGGCGACCGCGCUCACUCGGACUUGAUAGUGACUCCCUCGCUGCACGAUCUUCCGAGGGGUGUGCCCGGUGGUUGUUGCCGUCCGGGACGACUGGUGGACGUCGAGGGAGAUCCGCUGGGAGUGACGGGCCCACUUCUGCCGCGGGAUAACCAGGAGUAUAGGUCGCCGAGCGAGGACAGCGGUCUCGGGGCCGACAUGCCCAGGACCAGAGUGGGCUGCAGGAGGGCGCAGCAGCACCAAGUGACGACCUCCGACCUCGCCCUCUCCAAUGACGACGAGUGCGACAAUCAGGACUACGAUGACGAGAUCGAGAACGGACGAGGUCGCAGACACAGUUCCCCGGGUGGCUCGCGAGGCAACCCCAGGGAUUACGGGCAUCACCUGCAUCUGGACAAUUUGGAGAGCGACGGGGGUUGCGAGGGUAGCGACGCCGAGAUGAUCGGUAACGGGAGACGGGGCGGCGGCGCAGGCGAGAGGGAUCGCGAUUUGGAGGAGGAUGAGGACGAAGGCAGGGAGGAGAGGAGCUCGGAGAGUGGAGGUGGUGGAGGUUUCGGUGGUUGGAGGUCCCACUUACUCGGUGGGCUCACGCAACGCGUCAAAUCCUGGUACUGGGGCGCCAGGCCCCUCGAGCUCGCGCACAAGCUCUCGCGAAGCUUCGACAUGCAGGAGGCGCAGCUGCUUGAGGAGGGCGGCUCCGGCGGCGGAACCGCCGGAAGUGGAACCGCGGGGGGCCCGCCGCGCCGACAUCACAGCGUGCAGAGGCUGACGCGCAGCGAGAUGUCGGAGAGGCGCGAGGAGGACGGCGCCUUAGUGGUGCCCGAUCACCAGGGCAACCUGCGCAUCACCGUGAGGAAGACCAAGUCGAUUCUGGGCAUCGCCAUCGAGGGCGGCGCCAACACCAAGCAUCCACUGCCCCGGAUCAUCAACAUACACGAUAAUGGUGCAGCUUACGAGGCUGGCGGCCUCGAAGUCGGUCAGCUCAUCCUCGAGGUUGACGGCCAGAAAGUUGAAGGGCUUCAUCAUCAAGAGGUGGCGCGGCUGAUCGCCGAGUCGUUCGCGCGGCGCGAUCGGAACGAGAUCGAGUUCCUGGUGGUGGAGGCGAAGAAGAGCAACCUGGAGCCGAAGCCGGCGGCGCUCAUUUUCCUGGAAGCGUAGCAGGAAUCUCCCACCUCCGAGCCGGAACCACCGUAGCCCAACCUGACCAAAGCUCGGCCGGCGGCGAUUCAGGAGCGUCGCCGCCGUUGAAUUCGAUCGAGACUGAUGGACACCGGUAAUUAUUCCGGACAAUCCACGAUUUAGCCUCGCGGAGAGAGUUCUAAACAACUACCCGUCUCCCCGAGUUCUCGAUUCGGACGGCCGAGCUGUCGGUCAGCUGCUAAUUUACCUGGCCCUGGUGGUGGGAACUUCACUCGCUGGCGAAACAACACAACAACAAAAUUCAGAAAACACGGAGAGGGGCGACGAAGCGAAGGGAACGACGAGACGCCGGGAGGAUGACGAAACCGGCUUCCGACUCUGCUCGGGACUUUCGGAGGAUCAGGUCGAGGCUUCACAAAGUUAACUCGAGGAUAUCGAAAUCCACGAAUCCUGCCAACGAGAUACGAGGAAAUCCGAGAAUCCCCGGGGACUGUCGCGCAGCUUAGCCGAAGUCGCACUCGCUCGAAUACUUUCCUCUCCUCGCGUGACCGGCGGUCAUGCGAAGAAGAUAAAUUUGCGUCGCGUUCAACGUCGCGAGACGACCGCCACGAAAGAGAAAAUCCCUUUAACUGUAUAUAUAUAAUACACCGCUGUACAUAUUUUCCUCUAACAGACAGUUCGAUAGAGAGAGCAAGUAGCCACUCCGAGAGCGCCGAGACCGGUGAACUCCGAAGGUCCCGAAGGCAACGAGCCGGUCUGUGGCGCCUCUGUGAGCCGAGAAACUACUCGUUCGUCGAUUAAUUGCGCGAUCAUCAUCGUCGUCGUCGGUCACGAGGAUGCUGCCGUUCGACGCGAGAUAGCUCCGAGACGCGGGAAUGUCCUCGGAGGAGGCCGCGGGGAAGUAAAAUCGAUCAUAUUUUUCAUCGGCAUCGGAGCGUCGUAGCGAGCACAGCAUCCGAUGGUUGCUUCGGGGACGAGGACGAGAGGAAACGAAGCGGAACGUAAUGGAUCGUGCAAUGUGCCAAACUAACGCAAGCUGUUUCACGUAUACUAAAUAUAUAUAAAUUGCUGCUAAUCGAUAAGGGAUUCGUUCGGGGAGAUACGGUGACGCUCUCUCCAUCACGUGCGAUCGCGGGAACGCGCAAGCGAAUGCAACGAGAGUGCAGACCUACAUGCUCACAGUGUUGCGUGAAGAUUACCUCACACACUCACAGACACACACGUUUACGGGAGUAUAUUUGCGCGGGCCGCGACGACGACUAGGUCGAGUGGCGUCCGCUCCGGUCGGCAUCGCGCCGUUGAUCAAUUAUGAGAAAUGCGGAAGAUACGCGCAACCGAGAGGCGGCAGGGCGCGAGUCCAAAGGGAAAGAUAAAUCAAAUAAACGCGAGAUUCGUGCGCGAAAUUACGCGAAUCUCUUUCUCUCUCUCUCUCUCUCUCUCUCUUUCUCGCUCUUUCUCUACUCGUGUGAAAAUAAUUUGUCCUCGCUGAAGAUUUACAAGAAUGUUUUGUAACAAUGCAUCGAUUGAUUAGAUUAAAACGUGAUUCCGAUUUAGACUCGAAACUUCGUUGUGGAAUUCGACGAAUUCGAAGUCGCUCCCUCCCGCUUCUCGGUCGCGGCCAUGUUGAUCAAGAUUUUCGUUAAUUCGAGUGAUUAGGUGUCUUUCGGCUGGUCCUCGAAGUCGCGCCUAAUAUCGCUUAAUAGUCUGUUAAAUGUUACUAUAUACAUUAACGUUAACGUAGUUGGUAGACGUUGAUCGGGCGUCGCUAGGAUGUCGUUCGUUUAUUGCGUUGUGUGUAGAGAAUUUUAACUCCUCGGGCGCGCGAUACAUCCGCGCGAAUACACUACCACCGCGUAUAUUUUUCAAUCAUUUCAACUUAACGAUCCAUUUCCGAAGUUUAAGAUUUGCCGAAGUUGAUUCUUCUGGGAAAUUAUAUCGCCAUUGUUUCCGUUCAUUUAGCAAUUAAUGGUUGAGGAUAAAAUUAGUCUAGCGAAGAUAAAAAGUCGAAGCAAUUGAGUUAGAAAGAGGAUAAAGAUAUCACGUUUAAUUAAAUACUUAAUCGAAUUGUAAAAAACACGGACGAUUACCAGACAUCACGUGUGCGCAACGGAUAUCGCGACCCGGGAGGGUUAACGAUUAUUUUUUUGUCCGUCGAAUGGCCGAAGUGCGUCGAUAAUCGUCAUCGAGGCGGAAUUAACGACGAUCUUGACCGAAAUCGAGAUGGCGUCGACUCGUUUGUUAUGUGAAUUGUUGAGGCUUAAAAGAACUAUAUUACUCACGUACACAACGUACACAUAUUUAUACAUGUACAUAUAAGUAUUACGGUGAAAGAGGAAAGGGAAAAAAAAGAAGAGAGAGGAAAAAUUACUACUGUAGCGGAAUUGCAAAUCGUACCUACUGGGCGUUAAAAGCGCGUCUCGCCGAAGGGAAUAAUUUAAAGAAGAUAUAAAAUAAAAGCGUACGCGGUAUUUUCAAAGAGAAAAUUAUACUUAGAGGUGCAUACACGAACACACAUACACACAUAGCAAGGGCCUGAUCGAGUUCGAGUUCAAGUGAUGGGAAAUCACGGGGGAUUCUGCGAAGAGAUCUGAGAGGUGAAUUUUUCUGAAUAAACUCUGGCUGCAGGGAAAAAGCACUUAAUUGAAAAGGGGAAAGAGACUCAUGUUCUUUCCUCCCGACGCCUAAAUUACCGUUGUAUGAUUUCGAGAGCUUUCCACCGUGUCUGUAAUUCAUCGUCAGAUGAUGGGAUCGAGUCAAUUACGUUAUCAUCGAUAAUUGUAACGGACAAGGAAUCGAAGAUCGUUUUUUUCCCCUUUGAUACGAGUGCUUCUUUUCUCGAGUCGGGAAAAAUUAACUCGAGACUCAUUCUCGCGCGUAUGUGCACGAUUCCGACGAUUUCACGCAAGAGUGCUAGUUACCCAAAUGAGUUGAGGAUUUAUAGAGAAGCUGUAUUAUGUAUUACCUUCACACGUAGAUAAAAAGUUUAGAGCGAAGUGGAUAGCGCGUAAUAAUAAAUGCGUCGAGAGUAUUUUAAUACAAUGACCGGAAAAGAAAAGAACAACUGGAUCGCCCGUGAUUUUUCCAAUUAAAAAAAAAAAUUGUUAGAACUAUAGAAUAUGUUACGCGUGCGAGCAAUUAUGCAGUUGUACGAGAGCCAAAUCGAGCCACAAGCAAAGGGAAACAUUUAAUCUCCAGGCGAUUAAGCCCUUACCGUAUAUGAUGUGAUACAUGAACAUUGCAUACAAAUAUAUAUAAUGUCUCAUCUCCGCUUCAGUCAAAUUUCAGGAAGGGAAUUUUUGACAUAUUCGGCUUUUUCAGCUAAACUUGCACAAAAAUUGUUUGCUAUGAUUCUACAAUUUUUCAUUUCAAUUUGCCCUUCGAUAAUAAUAAUUCAAAUAUAUAUGUAUGUAUAUAUAUAUAUAUAUUUUUCGAUUAUAUAUUUUCUCAUAUGAUUGGUAAUCACACUCAGAGGGAAAAUUUAUUUUAGAUGUAUUCGAGAAGCGAUCGUAUUGUAAGGGCUUAGUGGCCGAAAAUUUCAGCAAAUGUGCCAAAAAGUUUGCGCUUAAUCACACCGAUCACCGACAAUGACGGCUUCAUGGUGACAUAGACACGUCGAAGAAGAGAGAGAGAAAAGAAAAAAAGAAAGAGAAACACAUCAAAUCGAAAAAAGGAUUUCCCGAAGCACAUAUGAAUCUUUUCUUCGCUAUUGUUUUAUAGCACGCACGGGAACAUAAUAAAUCGCUUCAGUCACUAUGUCACAGUGAGAAGAAAAUCAACAGGGUACUGAAAGAGCAACUAAGAGAGCGCAGGAUGAGCAAGCAAAACAGUCGAAAUUGCGCUUUACUUUUCUUACCGGACGAGAAAAAAGAGGGAGAGAUAGGAAGAAGAGGAGAAGUUUUCUCGUUUGACCGACAAAAUUUAUCGAGAGGAUCGUGGCUGAACUCAAGGGACGAAAAAGAACGAGAUGGUGGCUCGAGGAUUUCGGAAGACGACGGGGAACGCACGAGGGAGAACUUGACAGAUAAAAUAAGAUGAGAUAUUUUUGUAAAGCUUUCGAUGUACACCGCAAUCCCAGAAACGUUCGAAGAUCUCAGCUGACAUAUCCGACAAUGCCUUAUCGCUUUUAAAAACGAAAACUAUCGAGGAACGCAAUGCGAAAAGGAAAGACAAAGAACCGGGAAAAACGUGAGACACCUGAUAUGUGAGAUUCGUCCGAAUGAAACACACGAAUGCACACACACACACACACACACACACACACACACACACACACACACAGACUCGACUUCUAGGUCGAUAUUUCCUUACUAAGCCCCAACACAAAGUGGAAAUGUUAAGGGUAAGGAUUGAAUGAUGUUAAGGGUAAUUACAAGAUAAAAAUAUCAAAAGAAAGGCGGAAAGAGAUCGUUUAGACGGAAAAUCUUAAUCCUUCAGCAUUUUCGUCUUUUAAUGUCGUGUUGGGAUAGAUCAAAUAAUAUCAAUGCGGUGGUGGAACCUUACACGUUUCAUUCGAACAAAUUUCACAUAAUGCCCCAUCCAUUUCCCGCCUUCCGAGACAUAAAACACCGCGAGACACUCGGUAGCGCUUAAAAGUGCUUGUAAUAGCGCAGUCUUAAUAGUGUGGCUGCUCUACCUUUCCUCGUUUUAGGAUACAAUUCUACAAAAUUAGAAAAAGAAGAAAAGACCUAACAGAAAGAUAAUAGAUAAUUAAAGCAAGGGAGAGAAAAGGAGAUCGGGAUGACGCAAACAUCGAUAUCAAAUUGAGCAUUAAUUAAUGAAUUAGUGCCGCAACUUUCUACCUAGGUAAACGUUACUUACUUUCGCACGCACUCACGCACGAACGGAAAAUUCACAAGUCGCGAAAGUGUACGAUUUCGUUCGCGCGCUAAUUAAGCUGCGCCUAAAAUCACGUUCCGAGUGAGCUCUUUAAAAAUCCUCCUUAAUCAACGCUUUUCCCCGAUGAACGAUCUAGUACUCUUGAAUUGUCCUCCAAGGUCUCAUUUUAGACGGAAAAGAUAGGAAGAAGGGGAGGAAGGGAGGAGGAAGGAAAGAGAGACAGCGAGUACAAGCGCGUUUUUAAAUUCAGAAUCGCGCGGGAGUCAAUUCGACUUUUUUAAGGGUUCGAUUACAUAACGAAUUAUAUAACAGUAGCUCUCUUUUACGAAAUAACGACGUUAAAGUCUUCUCGACCACCACGUAGACCCUGACCCAGACUUAAAUACUUAAUCUCAUAUUCCUCGUAGAAAGUAGACGGAAAAUCCAAGGUAUCUCACGUGGCAUGUUAGCGUAUCGUGUGAUGAUUGGAUAUAAUACCGGGGACGUUAAUUAAGCAACAACACGGAGCAACAACUGAUACAAAAGUCUCGCGUAACUCCUACUCCUAUUUACUUAUCGCGAUCGGAAGAGGAGAAAGAUAAGCGGCGGAAGUCUCAAAUAAAGGUGGGCAGCGCGCUAUUAUCGCGUCACCCGCGGAUUUUCGCGCUCUAUAGUGCAGCAAAUGAAUAAUAAUAUUAAUGAAAUGACGAUUGUUCAAUAGAUAUUUUCCUGUUUAUACUACAUCGCGUGUCUAUCAAUUUUAUUCAUUUGUCUAUUUGUUUUCGUUGACCUGCUCCGAUUGUAAAAAUUAUAUUAGCUUAUUUUGUAUCAAAUUUUUGUGUCAUGCCUCUCGGAAUACAACCGAUAUAAAUAAGGGUGAUAUCAAUCCUUCACAUUCGCAUUUCAAUUAGUACAUGACGUCAUCACAUGGACUCCUAAAUGUACCGAAUAAAAAAGGAUGAAACAAACGUAUCGUAUUAUCGUUGGGAAACGUGACAUUUCGGAUGAAAUUGAAAUUUCGGAUGAAAUUUCCGAGGAAAAAUUCAAAUGGCGAGUACAAAUUAUACGAUAAAUACAAUUGUGUAUUCAUCUAAUUUUCUUCGCGAAUUAACAUUGGUGAGAUAAACGCGGUACAAUCUUGAUGCCAAGCGUGUAUUCAACACGCAAUAUGACGAAACGUCAUCUCGCGCGACAAGAUAAUGGCACGUCUCCACCUCAGCAUCGACACACGUAAACCAGUGUAAUUGUAAUCGUAAUUUACUAUUGUAUAUAUGCAAGAGCUCGUUCAUACGCGUUUCAUAUAUCAUCACACUUUUGCAAUCGACUCGUACGUCUGACACACACGGACAUGAAAUACACACGCA